CUUAUAUAACACGUGAAAUUAUUAUGGUAAAGAAGUAUAAAGGUGGUGGAGGUCGAUUCCCAAAGAGUAAGGCCAAGUCUAGACCCAGUCAAAGUAGUAGAAAACGGAAAAGUAAAGGUACAUCUAAUAAUCAUAGUACAGGGUACCAUGGCAUCGAUGUACCUGAACUUAUGGAUACUGAAGCCAAUGUAUAUAUACCGUCUACUACUAUGCAAAAGCUUUCUAAACGACCAGGACGAUUAAUAGAUGAAGUAAAAUAUACAGCAAACCAUCAAGGAGAAACGUUAGGACGAGCACUUCGUAAUAAACCCAUUGAAUUUGUUAAGGCCAAAGAGGUAUACGAUCCAAGUCGAGAUUUACUUAAAAAGGUAGAGCAGAUUAAAGAAAAGGUAGUCAAAGACAUUGAGAAUGAGAAUGCAAAUGAUAUUGAUGUUGAAGUUGAAGAUGUAGAAGUAUUAGAAGCCGAAUCUCCAGAAGCAGAACCUGUUGUAGUUGAAGAUGAAGAAGAUGAGUCAGAAGGAUUCUCCGAAGUCCAACAGGAAGAUCUUGUAAAAAAUUUAUCAAUCACAGAUAAUGCAGUAACCAGUCUUAGACUAAAGUCUGGCUUUUGUAUAGAUGAGAAAGGAGAUAAAAAGUUGAGUGAAAGAGUAAUUAAACCCGAUACUACUACUCUUAUCAAAGAGGUUACAGUUGACCAAACAGAGUAUGAUCCUACGUUGACAGUAGGAAAAGUACUGAUGACAACAUUUAGAGAUGAUUCUGGAAAUAGUACGAUAGAGCUUCCACUCACAAGCAAACAUGAGAUCGAGUCUGAAGAUAAGGCAGCUCUCUAUCGUGAUUACAUUGCCAAUGUAAUACGAGGCAUUCAAGCUGGUAGUGAUGAUGAUGAUGAAGAUGAAGAUGAAGAUGAAGAUGAAAAUGAAAACGAUCUGAGUGAAUUCGAAUAUUACGAAGAAGAUCCAAAUGAUAAGGAGCCAACAGAUGAAGAAAUCGAAGAAGAGAUUGAAGAAGAGCUGAAAGAUCCAGAGUACGGAUUUCUUCCUGAAGAUUACGAGUUUGAUGUAUCAAAGAUAUCCGUGAGUAAUUUACGGUACGGAAUUAAGAACCAAUACUUCACAAGAUGUUUAGAACUCACUGGUUCUGAAGAUGAAGGUGUAUGGAUUGAUGAAGAUGAAAUCAUCGACUAUGCCUUAGCCAAUGGUGUAAAAGAGCACCGGAUUCCUAGUUUCUUAAAAUUCAUAACUGCUUCCUUCAUGGAUAGUCAGAAUGAAGCCAAAGAAGAGGAUUAUGAUGAUGUUUAUAUUUCAGAUUCAUCUGAGGAUGAAGAACUUAUAGUUGAACAUGACUCAGAGGAAGAAGACGAUGAUGAUCUUGAAUCAUUGGUAUCAUAUGCCAAAGCCAGUAAGUCUCAAGAUUUCUUGUCAUUAGAUUCGUAUGAUCCUCAAUACAAACCCAAAAGAAGAGGUCCUAACUUGGACCAAUUUGAUUUGGAUAAUGAAUUAAGAGAAUCUCUAAUGGAUCAGUAUGAAAUUCAUCGUCAAGGUAGAAAGAAUAGAAAGCAAAAUAAGAGAGAUGCUGCCUUACAAGAUGGUAUAGAUAAACAUGAUUUAUUAGCUAUUUAUGAAUUCUCUAUCCAUAUCAGAGAUAUGAAAAGAGAAUUCGAAUUAUUCCUUCAUGAUUCUGAUAGACAAGAUAUGAGUUUCCCACCAUUAGAUCCUCAUGGGAAUAAAACUAUAACUAAAAUGGCUAAAGGUUAUAAUUUAAAAUCCAAAAAAUGUGGUAAUAGAGGUUUAAAUCAAUUCAUAAAAGUAUCUAAGUAUAGAGGUACAUUCCACUACUUACCAAGAUAUAAUGAAAUAAAUCAUAUGUUAAAUCAAAGACCGAUUUUCCAUAGAACCGACAAGAAAAGACCUAAAGAAGAGUUUGAAGCUUCUGAUCAAGCAAAGACUAGAAGAGGUAAACCACAACAUGCCGUUCUUAAAGAAGGAGAUAUUGUGGGAGCUCAAGCUCCAGAAAUUGAUAGAAGUAAUAUAGGUAGACAAUUACUUGAGAGAAUGGGAUGGAUUCAAGGUGAAGGGCUUGGAGCUAUGGGUAAUAAAGGUAUUAGUGAACCAGUUAUGGCUAAAAUCAAAAAGUCCAAAGUGGGUAUUGUUGUAUCUAAAUAAGCUUAAAUAGUAUUACAUAAUAGUAUUACAU